AACGACUUUGCCCGAAGAAGGGGUUAGACAAGUUGACUGAAAAGUAACACUGUGAUCUUUCUCAUUAUUAUUUCUGCGAAAAAAUGCCAAAGAGUCUCACUCACGGCAAAUGGACUCCAAGCCCAAAUAAAGGGAUUAGAGAAGUUGACUCAAAAGGUCCUGUUCCUGACACCCCAGCAUUUCGAAAUGCCUCGCUACAAGGGAACAAGGGCUUGUGUGGCAAUGUCACAGGAUUAAUGCCUUGCGAAGCUAAUGUCUUGCGAAAGGGCCACAAGAACAAGAAGAUCCUUUUUGUUAUUGUCUUCCCUCUUUCAGGAUCUAUGAUUCUCUCAUUAAUAGUUCUUGGAAUUUUCUUCAGCUCCAAAAGGACUACAGAUUCGCUUGAGAAACAAGAAAGUGGAUUGAAUGAUGGGCAACUGCUUUCAAUAUCUGCCAUUGACUUUGAUGGUAGAUUCUUGUAUGAAGAAAUCAUAAAUUCAACCAAGGAUUUUGGUGCUAUGUAUUGCAUUGGAAAGGGCAGAUCAGGAAGCGUCUACAGGGCAGAACUUUCAUUCGGAGAUACCGUGGCUGUGAAGAAAUUCCAUCCGUUAUCUGAUGAUAUUGAACUGGUAAAUCAAAAGGAGUUCCUGAACGAGAUAAGGGCACUAACUCAAAUUCGACACAGGAACAUUGUGAAGCUCUAUGGUUUCUGUGCCGCUCCAAAGCACUCUUUUUUAAUUUACGAGUACAUCGAAAAGGGUAGCUUGGCCACAAUCCUCAGCAAUGAUGAAGCAGCAAAAGAACUUGACUGGGAGAAGAGAAUCAAUGUUGUAAAGGGGAUUGCCUAUGCCUUGUCCUACAUGCAUCACGAUAUCUCACCACCAAUCAUUCAUCGAGACAUAUCGAGCAAUAAUGUUCUAUUGGACUCAGAAUUUGAAGCUCAUGUUUCCGAUUUUGGUACUGCUAAGCUUCUUGAAAUUGAUUCAGCCUCCUGGACUAGACUCGCUGGCACAUGUGGAUACAUUGCACCAGAGCUUGCCUACACAAUGAAGGUUACCAAGAAAUGUGAUGUGUAUAGCUUUGGAGUGCUAGCAUUGGAAGUGAUCAAGGGAGUACAUCCGGGUGAUGUUAUCCCUUUGCUGUUGUCUUCGUUCUCGGAAACAAAUGUUCUGUUCGAGGAUGUGUUGGGUUUGGAUCAGAGGCUUCCACCUCCAUCGCCAGGAGUCCAAGACAAGCUGAGGUUGAUCAUGAAGGUGGCAUCUUCAUGCUUAAAUGUCAAUCCUGAAUCUCGACCAACCAUGUACUCGGUCUCCCAGAUGCUAUCCGCCUGAAACUAUUCCUUCCACAACUUCAAGAUCUUCAUCAUUACAUGCACUGAAUUUAUUUUCCAUUUUGCAAAAUAAUAAGAGAUGCACAAUAGUGCAUAAGUUCUACAAAAAUAGAUGUUGAUUUGUACU